UCAAAUGGCAGAUGUGUCUCAUUCACCGUAGAUGCCAGAUUUUGACGGUCUAAUUUAUUUAGCUGAGCGGUGUUAAAGUCGAAGACAGUGUUGUGUACAUUAUCACAAUUUCUUCUCCGUCGUUCGUAACAAAGUGUUGUUUCCCGGACAUAUUCGCAGACGACAGUGAACGAUCGCGCCAUGUACAUUGCAAUGUCGAGGUGAUUUGUGCUAUGUUUAUUUCGUGUGUAUACAAUCCCCAGUCAGCCACGUGAGAGACAACUGAUCACAACAGUUAUAUAUUGGCCUCGUGGACCGUGCUCGGUCUCCGAGUUGUACGCGUAACGAGGAUUUCUCGUCUGAGCAAUUGACAAAUAAACUCAGACUUCCACUGUGGACAUUUCCCAUAAGGAUCUAGCACAAGGUUUAGAUGUCUAAUGCUAAAUCUCCACACAUCGUGACCAAAAUGACGAACGGUUCGGAGGAAUGCUCGGCCGUCGUGAAUGGAGUUACGAUGCAGCAAACCGGAAAUGACCAAACCGGAAAUGGUGCCAUGUUUGGUAAUAAUGUGAAGGCAUGCGCAGGAUGUGGCGGGCGGAUACUUGACCGUUUCCUGCUUCACGCGAUGGACAGAUACUGGCACACGGGCUGUUUAAAAUGCUCGUGUUGCCAGACAAAGCUAGAACACCUGGGCUCGUGUUUUUCUCGGUCGGGGAUGAUCCUGUGCAAGAACGAUUAUAUUCGGUUAUUCGGUUCCAGCGGAUCGUGUUCGGCGUGUGGCCAAAGUAUUCCGGCUAGUGAGUUUGUUAUGAAGGCCCAAGGAAAUGUGUACCAUGUCAAGUGCUUCAAAUGUGUCACGUGUCACAACCAGCUUUCCACCGGCGACCGGUUCAGUAUUUUCAAUGGCGGACUAUUGUGUGAACAGGACUAUCCCAAAGUUAUGAAAGGUCACGUGAUGGGAUCCGCUAGGGGGAGCCACAAGGUAUGCUGAAUCUGUGAGGCAAGACAUGAUGACGUCACGGCGAUGAACUAAUAAACUUAAGUUCGCCCAACAUUGUGAAGAACCCAUAUUCUUUAUACUGUACAGAGACUGGUGUUUCACUGUGCUAAUCGUUCCCUCAAUGUGUUAAGUACAUAGUGCUUGGAUCAUCGGAAAUGCUCAUGACACAUAUGGAGAGAAUACAGACAUCCGGUAUGGGACCAAUAUUACCUGUUUUGGACAUCACUAGCUGAUGACGACUGUCUAAUAUGACGUCACAUACAACGUGGGCAUUAUAAAUGUACAUGAAUUGGCGGAGGUAUACAGUCACGCUAUAUCUGACGUAUUGACGGAGGUAUACAGUCACGCUAUAUCUGACGUAUUGCCCGAGGUAUACAGUCACGCUAUAUCUGACGUAUUGACGGAGGUAUACAGUCACGCUAUAUCUGACGUAUUGACAGAGGUAUACAGUCACGCUAUAUCUGACGUAUUGACGGAGGUAUACAGUCAGGCUAUAUCUGACGUUGUACUAUAUACCCAUUGCAUUUCGUGACCGUUUCACUUCUGAUCUUGCAACGGAUUGAUGAUCCCGUGGAAAGAUGUUACGCACAUCUUCAGGUUAAUUGUGUAGCUCAAUCGAGGCUUACUUCAAUCACGUGAUACACCUGGUGACAAGUUACUUAAAUCACGUGAUACACCCCGUGACAAGUCACGUGUAGAUGUAUGUAAGUGUACAUGGCUCUCCUUGCAGUUAAUGCCUGCUGACUGCCCUCACUCUGGUAUUAUUGAAAUUGAUGUGCAAUUAAACACAGACUUUUGUAUCGAAUGGUAACCCGUGCAAUUGAAUAUGAAUUAUAUACUGGUCAAGUAAUACAUUAUCAUGUCCAUUGUAAUAUUAUACUUUUUUCAUUUGUGAGAUUGUUAGCGUUGUUUACAGAAUUAUGUAUAGUGCGGUUUUCAGUUUUCAGAAACGUUUUCAUGAUAAAUUUGGGAUCCAACAGUUGAGUAGAACCACUAAACAAAAAUUUAGCAUGAAAGUAUAGUUUUGUCACUGUAAGAAAAUAGUUUGGUAUAAGAUAGUAUCGCCUGCUUGAAACAAAUCAUAUCACGAGUUUUAAAUAUGAAUCUCAAUGGAACAAGGUAACGGACUAGUAACGGUAUGGUAACGGACUAGUAACGGUAUGGCAACAGACUAUUAACGGUAUGGUUACGGAAUAGUAGCGGUAUGGUGACGGACUUGUAACGGACUAGGAAUGGUAUGGUAACGGACUAGUAACAGAAUGAUGACGGACUAGUAACGGUAUGGUAACGGACUAGUGACGGUAUGGUAACGGUAUGGUAACGCACUAGUGACGGUAUGGUAACGGACUAGUAACGGUAUGGUAACGUACUGGUAACGGUAUGGUAACGCACUAGUGACGGUAUGGUAACGGACUAGUAACGGUAUGGUAACGGACAAGUAACGGUUUGGCAACCGACUAGUAACGGUAUGGUAACGGACUGGUAACGGACUGGUAACGGUAUGGUAACGGACAAGUAACGGUAUGGUAACGGACUGGUAACGGUAUGGUAACGGACGGGUAACGGUAUGGUAACGGACUGGUAACGGUAUGGUAACGGACAAGUAACGGUAUGGUAACGGACUAGUAGCGGUAUGGUAACGGACUGGUAACGGUAUGGUAACGGACUAGUAACGGUAUGGUAACGUACUGGUGACGAUAUAGUAUCGCAGUAGUUUGCUUCCUUUUAUCACAAACGUAUCAUCUAGACUUACUAUGCUCAGAGACGUAUUAUUACAAUAUAUUGUAAUAUAUACGUCUCUGCUAUGAUAGACAUAGAUGAGAAAAUGUACCUCUGACUGAUUAGCGAUAAGAUAAUGUGAUCUGUACAUAGAAAGAGGUUGACCAAGUUUCAUUUAUGAUAAACGUAAUAUUUAGACGCUAUAAUUGAAAAUUCUAACAUUCAUCGUUUGAGGUUCAAACACUGAAAAUGUUUAAUAAACAUUUUAGAUGGAUCGGGAUAUUCCUUUACUUGAAGGAAAGUACAGUUUCAUCCUGUAUAUUAUGUCGCCUGUUUGUGUCUGCUUUUUGAUACUCCACGGGGAAUCAGUCACAGGGACCUGGAAAUCAGGAUUAAUAUUUGGAUCUCUAUAUAUAUCAUUUGGGGGCUUUUACCGACUGUUGAUCU